CUGUAGUCCCAGCAGUCCUUUCGUUCCAGGUCUCUCUCGAAGCGAUUCUGUAGUAGUCACUCGUUCCUACUACGUCUCGUCACACUGCUCCUUACGUAUUCCAACAAAACACUAAUCGACACCUAAUAAUCCCCCGGAACAAUCUUCACUAUGAGAACCGCCUUCGCUCUCGGCGCUCUCGCCGGGCUGGCAACAGCCAACAUCAACUUCCACUGGGUCCAGCCUACGUGCGACUUCAACUCCCUCCAGGCCUCCACGUGCCUGACUGGCCAGAUUUGCACAGAGAACAACACAUGUGAGGCAGACGCAAAGAUCCACUACGCGUCCAGGUCCUUCCUUCGCAACGUUCCCGACAAGCGACAAACUAAGUACUCGACUGACGGAACAUGCGGCCCCAACAACGGCAACACCAUCUGCGACCCCAACAGCACCGUCUACAAGGGAACUUGCUGCUCGCAGUACGGCUACUGCGGCGCGACCACCGACCACUGCGGAACUGGCUGCUUGUCCGGCUGCACCACUGCUGCCGCACCCACCACGCCUGUUGCGACUUCGUCUGCAACCACGCCCAGGGAUGACGGCCGCUGCGGAAAGGACUUUGCGGGUGCCACGUGCGCGGCUGGUGGUGCAUUUGGCGGAUGCUGCAGUGCGUUUGGAUACUGUGGAAGCACUGACGGUCACUGCCUGCCUGCCAAUGGUUGCCAGAACGGCUGCACUGGCGCUGCCACUGGUGCUCAGACCGCCACCACUUCUCGCCCACCUUCGACCACCACCUCCGGCGAGCCCGUGCUAGGAAAGCCGACUUCCGUGUCAACCCAGCCUGCGACCCCAACCGGCGUGCAGACCACCGACGGAUCUUGCGGCGCCACUUUCGGUAACACCGUCUGCGGAUCAUGGAGCCAGGGAUCCUGCUGCUCCAUGUACGGAUACUGCGGUAGCACCUCCGCCCACUGCGGCGAGGGAUGCCAAUCAGGUCCCUGCCUCCAGGCUGUCGUAGCUGCUCCCGCCGCGAGCCCUGCCCCUGCCGCCGCCAAGCCUGGAUCCAUCAAGAUCACAGGCCGCUCCGGUGUUCCUGCCAUGCACGCUGGUCUGAUGCCCAACGGUCGCGUCGUCUUCUUGGACAAGGUCGAGAACUACACUGAGCUCAAGCUCGGCAACGGCCAGUACGCUUACUCUUCCGAGUACGACCCGGUCACCCAGAAGCUCGUUCCCCUGUCCUACAAGACCAACGCUUUCUGCUCCGGCGGUAUCUUCCUUGCUGAUGGUCGUUUCGUGUCCCUUGGUGGAAACGCGCCCCUUGACUUCAUUGACCCCACUGUUGGCGAUGGUUUCAAGGCCAUCCGUUACCUCAAGCGUUCCGCUACGGAUGCGACCCUCAACGGCCAGAGCUGGCAGGAGAGCGACGCCGUCGCCAUGUCGACCAAGCGUUGGUACGCCACUGCCCAGAUCAUGGGCGACAACUCUGUCUUCGUUGCGUCUGGAAGUUUGAACGGUCUUGACCCUGCGAAGCCUGAGAACAACAACCCCACCUACGAGAUGUUGAACGCCAACGGUACCCCACGAGGCAAGAGCGUCACCCUCGAGAUCUUGGACAAGAACCAGCCGUACUACAUGUACCCCUUCGUGCACCUCAUGCGCAACGGAAACCUUUUCAUCCAGGUCGCCAAGUCUGCUGAGGUCUUCGACGCUCGUACCAACGCUGUCAUCAAGAAGAUGGACGAUCUCCCAGGAUCUUACCGCACUUACCCCAACACCGGUGGCUCUGUCCUGAUGCCUUUGUCCAGCAAGUCCAACUGGGAGCCCGAUGUCGUUAUCUGCGGUGGUGGACCUUACCAGGACAUCACUGCUCCUAGCGAGGCUUCCUGCGGCCGUAUCCAGCCCAUGGCUGCCAACCCAACUUGGGAGAUGGACUCCAUGCCUGAGGGUCGUGUCAUGGUUGAGGGUACUCUCCUCGCUGACGGAACCAUUGCUUGGGUCAACGGUGCCCAAAAGGGUGCUCAAGGUUUCGGAAUCGCGGCGGACCCCUCCCUCGAGGUUCUCCUCUACGACCCCACCCAGGCCAAGGGCAAGCGCUGGACCACCGGACCCAAGUCCACCAUCGCUCGUCUGUACCACAGUGUUGCGCUCCUUCUCCUCGACGGUACUCUCCUGAUCUCCGGAUCCAACCCCGUCGAGCAGCCCAUGCUCACCGCCGACGCUAAGAACCCCUACGUCACUGAGUUCCGCAACGAGAUCUACACGCCCCCCUACCUCCAGGGCAACCCCACGCGUCCCACCAACGUGGUUCUCUCCACCAAGAACCUCGUCACCAACGGCUCUAAGUUCACCAUCAAGUUCACCGCCCCCGCCGGCUCCAAGGCCGUCAAGGUGAACAUGUACUACGGUGGUUUCGUCACUCACUCGGUCCACAUGGGUCACCGCAUGGCUUUCCUCGACACCGCUGGCUUCGUCGCUGGUUCCACCACCCAGACUAUCACCGUCACUAUGCCUCCUAACCGCAACAUUCUGCCUGCCGGUCCUUAUGUCGUGUACGUCCUUGUCGAUGGCGUCCCGGCUAUGGGUCAGUUUGUCAUGAUCGCGUAGAUACCCUUACGUAUAUGAGAGGUUUAUGGUUGGAGUCUUCUUCUUUACGCACAUGAUUUCUUUGUCGUUAUGACGCUGAUUUGGAUGUGGGUGACGCUCUAGAUUUGCGAUGCAUCGUUUUAUAUAGUCUGCAAUGCAUUACUUUGAAACUU